UCACAGAAACACACUCCCCACGUGCCCGGCUGUCUGUUUGUCUGUCUGCAAGUGUACACAAAACGAGGAGGCAAGGAUUUAAUAUAUAACCAGCGCUGCUGAAGCUCUCACCUGAAAGUACUCAUCAUGGAUGCUGCAGAAUUCCGUCGCAGAGGCAAAGAGAUGGUCGACUACGUGGCUGACUACCUCGAAAAAAUAGAAGAACGCCCAGUGUACCCAGAUCUGGAACCAGGAUAUCUUCGUUCUUUAAUCCCCACUGAGGCUCCCCUGGAACCUGAAAGUUAUGAGGACAUCAUUCAAGAUGUAGAGAGGGUCAUAAUGCCAGGGGUCACCCACUGGCACAGCCCAAACUUCUUUGCUUACUUCCCGGCAGCGUCCUCUUAUCCUGCCAUGCUGGCGGAUAUAUUGUGUGGAGCCAUAGGUUGUAUAGGAUUUUCCUGGGCUGCCAGCCCGGCCUGCACCGAGCUGGAGACGGUGAUGUUAGAUUGGCUGGGGAAAAUGCUGCACCUUCCUGAGUGUUUCCUCGCUGGGACAAGUGGACAUGGAGGAGGUGUCAUUCAGGGCACAGCCAGUGAGGCAACCCUUGUGUCCUUGCUGGCUGCUCGCUGCAAAGCAGUCCGAUGUGUCCGGGCAAAGGACCCCAAAAGGUCUGAGACUGAAAUCCUCUCCAAACUAGUGGCGUACACCUCUGAGCAAGCUCAUUCCUCAGUGGAGCGUGCUGCUCUGAUUGGAGCCGUAAUGAUGAAGAAGGUUCCUACGGACAGUCGUUAUGCUGUCAGAGGAGAUAUGCUGAAGAAGAUGGUGGAGGAGGACAAAGCAGCAGGACUCAUCCCUUUUUAUUUCUGUGCAACACUUGGUACCACUCCAUCAUGUGCUUUUGAUCACAUCACUGAGCUGGGGCCCCUGUGUAAUAAAGAAAAUAUGUGGAUGCACAUUGACGCAGCCUAUGCUGGGAGCUCAUUCAUCUGUCCUGAGUUUAGACCUCUACUAAACGGCGUUGAGCAUGCAGACUCUUUCAACUUCAAUCCACACAAAUGGCUUUUAGUCAACUUUGACUGCUCCGCCAUGUGGGUGAAGGAGAGAACAGACAUCAUUGGAGCCUUUAAAAUGGAACCCCUUUAUCUGAAACAUGAAAACCAGGAAUCAGGGCUUGUGACAGAUUACAGGCACUGGCAGAUUCCACUGGGAAGACGCUUUCGCUCACUAAAGAUGUGGUUUGUGUUUCGCAUGUAUGGACUUCAUGGCCUACAAGCUCACAUAAGGAAGCAAGUGGCCCUGGCCAAAGAGUUUGAAAGUCUUGUGCGAGCAGACAAGAGGUUUGAAAUCUGUGCAGAAGUCAUUUUGGGAUUGGUCUGCUUCCGGCUCAAGGGCUCCAAUGAACUGAACCAGGACUUGCUGAAAAGGAUCACUAAGAGUAGAGAAAUUCACCUGGUGCCCUGCCAGCUCUCUGGCCGCUUUGUCCUGCGCUUGGCCAUCUGCGCACGCACAACUGAGUCCCGUCACAUCCACCAAGCGUGGAGGCACAUCACACAGCUGGCCUUUGAGCUUUUGCAGGAGCAUCCUCAGUAACCAAAAACCCGAGAAGGGGCUGUCCACUCUGUUGCUUAAAGGAGGACCAAAAUUUGGACAGAGGUUUUCGUGAUAUUUGAAAUGAAAUACCUGUCCUUGUCCAUCUAUUUUCAACACAUCCUUUGUGACAUGAUUUAGGGGUUGACGAAGGCAAAAGCUGACAAAUGGUCAAAAACAGAAAAAGAUACAGGUCCAGCUUAUUUCAUUUUAAAUCUGCAACGUCUUCAGUCAUUGUAUGUGCUUCUAUUUCACUAUUUGGCGUUAUGUCAUUGUUCUCAUCAUAGUGCUCUUAUCUCCCUCCAGUGGCCUGUCGUGUUCCUUCUGGUGUCGAACAUGAACUGAGCAGAUGAACUGAGUGUGCGUCUUCAAGUUUUGUAGGUACUCAUUCAGACCCAGCUCCCACAUGUUUAGCUCUGUACUCCAGUAUGUUAGUUAUUAAAUGGAAGUGUCAGGUUAAACAAUACCAAUUUUAAAUUGUCAGGUUAAACCAUUUUAUUUGUGAGGUUAUUUAUUCUCAAUCUAAGUUGAAUUGUCUGAAAGGAUUGAAAAAGGUAUUAUGCUUUCAUAUGGUGUCUAAUGCACAGUGAGCCAGAAUUUUCCCAACUGUUACACAAGACUAUCACUCUAUAGUUAAUGGGAAUUAAUGGGAUUGAGAUUAAGGAUAUUUGGUUUUGCUUAUAAAAUAACCAGGUAAGGGUUUCCUAUUCAGAGACUCUAAUUAUAGAUCAGAGUUUAGUUCAAGAAAAAGUUUAAAGCAUGGCUUUUGCAUUAUUUAACUCCUUGGCUAUAUGCAGUUUUUCAGUGCCUGUUUAGCCAGUGAUGUUGAUUGCUUUGUGCACAUUUCUGACACCUUCUUAUCACAUAGUAUAUAUUUAAGAUGUUUAAAGGAUCACGGUUUAUAAAAGAUUAUAUCAAGAACAACUGUGGAUAAUGGAUAAUGGCAUGUUGAUUCUCAUCAUCACCACAUGUAAUUCAUUCACUUGACUUUGUGGAGAUCACCUUUUGUUUCUGAUCUGCUAUUUUUUCUUUAUCUUAGCGGUGGACUGCAUGCACUAUUAUGGGCUUAUUUGAAUAAAGUCUGCUGUAAUCUGGAUGGUGUGAUGGUGAUGUGUGUAUGAUCACACAUUUAUUAAAAUUUAUCCUGCACUUGAGCAUAUAUUACACAACCUAUGGUGUACCUUUGUUCUUUUUUUAUUUAUCAGUGGUUCAGAUGAAGAGUAGAAGUGAAUGGGC